GGCAUCCCGGUCGUGCAGCCUUACCACCGGGACGCCAAGCUGCUGGUCAAAGGGGGCAUCCAGAGCGUCUCCUGCAGCGUCAGUGCGGACACCAGCCAGAAGCCCAACGUGCUGAAGCAGAGGAACGGGUUCCCCCCCAACUUCAUCCACUCGCUGGACUCCUCCCACAUGAUGCUCACCGCCCUGCACUGCUACAGGAAGGGCCUGACCUUUGUGUCCGUCCACGACUGCUUCUGGACACACGCGGCCGACGUCCCCGUCAUGAACGAGGUGUGCCGCGAGCAGUUCGUCCACCUGCACAGCCAGCCCAUCCUGCAGGACCUGUCCCGGUUCCUGGUGCAGCGGUACUGCCCCAGCCCCAGCCCCAGGUCGCAGAAGCUCUCCCAGCGCCUCCACGCCACCAGGCUUCGGGAGACGCUGCUGGCGGUGCCCGAGACGGGGGCCUUCGACCUGGAGCAGGUGAAGCACUCCACCUACUUCUUCAGCUGAGCGCCGCCCCGCCCCCCCCCCAAUAAAGCCGCGGCCGCCCUGCCGGG